AUGGCGAGGGGUAGCAAAAGGAAGUCUGUUGAAGAAGGAUUCUUCUUCGUUACUCAGGAUAUGCCGCUGUGGGCGACGAAGAUGAUAGAGAAGUACGAAUCAUGCUGUGAAAGGAUCGAGAAAGUUUUGAUAUCGUCGUUCGAAAAGCUUACAGCCAAGGUCGCAAAGAUUGAUGAAGUCCAGGAGUCAAUCCUCUCCCGACUGAAUGCAGUUGAAGCGUCCAUAGAAGCAAUGAAAAGAUCUGUUCCUAUGACACAGAACGCCUUGUAUUCCACCAUCGUAAAGAUCGGCGAAAACAUGCCGCCACCAAUAAUGAUGGACGCGAAUCACAAGACAGUAAAAGAAGAAAAUCGUGCCGACAACCGUUCUUCAAUGACUGAUUGUUGA